UAUUUAUUCUGUCACUGAGCAUAGUUUGAAAUAAAAAAAAAAAUAAUGUGGUAAAAAUAAUAAACUGAUUAGGUGGCAUCCCUUCCACAAUUUCACGUGUGUAGCAAGACAUAAACAAUGCAAUUUUAUAUGAAAAUUUAAAUGUGCAAGAUAAAAUUAUAAUAAAAAACUAUAAAAAUGUCGCGAAUUAUAGUAAAACAAUUGCCAAAAAACAUAAAUGAAGAGAAAUUGCGAAAUAUGUUUGGCAGCAAAGGCACAAUUACAGAUAUGCAACUUAAAUAUACACCAGAUGGAAAAUUUAGACAGUUUUGUUUUAUUGGAUACCGGACCGAAGAGGAAGCACAACAAGCUGUAAAGUUUUUUAAUAACACAUGCAUACAAACAAAUCGCAUAAAAGUAGAAACAUGUGCUGCGUUGGGUAAAGAUGAUAAAACUCAAUUCCGAAGUAAGCACUCUAAGGACCAAAAAGAAACGACAGAGAAUAAUGUGGAAACAGAAACCAAUGUAGAUGAAAGCUCCAAGAAAAAAGGGAAAAAGAAUUCUAAAAUCGAUGAGAUUGUUGGCAAGCAUAAAGAUGAUCCAGAAUUUUUAGAAUUUAUGAAAGUUCAUGAUAAAACCAGAACUCUUUGGGCAAAUGACGAUCUUGCUCCUGCCGCCGAACCCACUGACUUGGAAGAGGAGUGUGAGGAUGUAAAUAUAACGGAAAAUAAAAAAUCUCAAAAGUCUGAUAAAGAUAUUGAAGACGACAGUGAAAAAGACGGAGAUAAUGAUGAUAAUGAUAAUGAAGACAGUUCAUCUGAUGCUAAGUUAGCAGAAAAGCCUAUCAGUGACUUAGAAUAUAUGAAGUCCUUAAUGACUAAUAAAAAUGAAAAGAUAAAAAAUAAAGAGAAAAAUAAGAAAACUGAAUCGAGUUUGGAUUUGUUCACGAUUAAAAUACACAAUGUGCCUUACAAAGUAAAGCGUCAAGAAAUCCUAAAAUUUUUUAAGCCAAUUAAACCUUUUUCAGUGCGUCUUCCAACAAAUGUGCAUGGAUUUUGUUAUGUUGGCUUUAAGUCCGAAAAAGAAAUGGUAAAGGCAAUGUUGAAAAAUAAAAGUUUUAUUAAAGGUAAGCAAGUGUUUUUCACCGAUUUUACAGAGAAGAACAAAAUUACAAAAUCAAAGUUAACAAAUGAAAAUAAUAAUAACAGUUCAAGUACUAAUACGAAUCCUAAAUGGUUAAAACAACAGGAGAGCGUGCGCAAGGAGGAAAACAUUUCAGAAUCUGGAAAAAUAUUUUUUCGUAAUUUGGCUUACACAGUCACCGAAGAUGAUUUGCAACAGGUUUUUCAAAAAUUUGGUCCAGUCGCAGAAAUUCAUUUACCCAUUGAUAAUUUAACACGCCAAAUUAAAGGUUUCGGCACUGUUACAUUUGUCAUGCCUGAACAUGCUGUCGUAGCUUUCAAUGAACUUGAUGGUAGUGACUUCCAUGGUCGGCUACUACAUCUUAUACCGGGAAAAACUAAAGAAGAGGAAGAGGAAUUAAACGAAAAUGAUGCUGCGUUAUCUUUUAAACAGAAAAAAAUGCUUAAACUUAAAAAAAUGGCGCAGCAAUCAGUCAGUUGGAAUACAUUAUUUCUUGGCUCAAAUGCUGUUGCAAACAUAUUGGCAAAACAAUUUGGUACUUCAAAAGAAACUAUACUUGAUACAAGUGCUGGAGGUUCAAGUGCCGCUUUGCGCAUUGCCUUGGGUGAGACUCAAAUUGUUUUGGAAAUGAAAAAGUUUUUAGAAGAAAAUGGCGUUUGCCUAAGUGCUUUUGAUGAGCGCACAACUAAACGUUCUAAGACUGUGAUAUUGGCGAAAAAUUUGCCUGCAGAAACUACAGUUGCAGAACUAAAACCUUUAUUUAUAAAAUUCGGACCAAUUGCACGUUUAGUACUGCCUCCAAGCGGUGUAACUGCUCUUAUAGAAUUCGCUGAUCCGUCAGAAGCUAGACAAGCAUUUAAAAAAUUAGCUUAUAGUAAAUUUAAAUCUGUUCCAUUAUUUUUGGAAUGGGCUCCGGAAAAGAGUUUCAAAACAACAAUUACAGGAGAAGCAUAUAAAAUCGAAACUGAUGAUAAAUCUGCGGAAAUUAAAACAGAUAAAAAUGAGUUAGAACAAAAAGUGGAAACUCCAGCAGAAGUAAAAGACAAAACUGAGGAUGAAGACAUAGACAAUGAAAUUCCUGAACCAAAUACUACACUGUAUCUUAAUAAUUUAAAUUUCAAAACUGUACUAGAGACAGUACAUAAACAUUUUAAAAAUUUAGGGCCAAUACAUACUGUAGAAAUAGCAAAACGUAAAGAUCCAGAAAACCCACGUAAUGUUGUAUCAAUGGGUUAUGGUUUUAUACAGUUUAAAAAGUCAGCAACUGCGGAGAAAGCUUUAAAACAAAUGCAAUUUACAACUAUUGAUGAUAAUCAAGUAGAGCUUAAACGUAGCGAUCGAACAUUGAAAGCUUCAAAUACAACAGCACGUAAAAAAGUAAAUUUAACUAAACAAACUGGAACUAAAAUACUGGUACGGAAUAUACCAUUUCAGGCCACAGUCAAGGAAGUGCGUGAUGUGUUUAAAACUUUCGGUGAAUUGCGUACAGUGCGUUUGCCAAUGAAAAUGACUCCUGGUGAAAACCAACAUCGUGGUUUUGGUUUUGUUGAUUUUAUAACAAAAACUGAUGCUAAGAAAGCAUUUGAUGCACUUAGUCGGAGUGUUCAUUUGUAUGGAAGACGUCUUGUACUAGAAUGGGCAUCAACAGCCGAUGAUGAUGUCAAUGAACUUCGCAAGCGCACAGCAACGCAAUACAAUGCUGGCAGUACAGCUAUCAAACGCAGUAAAAAAGCUGUAUUCGAUACAGAAGGUAAUAUACAAACAACGCCAGGGGAUGAAGAAGACAUUUAAAUUUAUAUUUAACAUUUAACAUGUAAAUAUAUAUAAUUAAAACAUUUUU